AUGACGAUCUGUACUUAUAACGUACGUACGCUUGCAUCGGAAGCGGCCAUCGAAGGUCUGAUGAUGCAAGCCAAGAAGAUUAAUUACGACAUCAUCGGACUGACCGAGACGAGACGACGUCACUCUCUCAACGCCGUACGUGAAAGUGGAGAACUGUUCUUAGGAACAUGCGACAGUAGAGGUGUAGGUGGAGUUGGCGUCCUCGUCAACACGAGUAUGACAAGGAACAUCGACCCUUUCGAACAAGUUACAACCCGAAACGGACGUCUGCGGAUGAGAAGAUGUGGACCACCACCAGCUUUGACUAUCUUCGUCGCUUACGCUCCAACAUCAAGCUACCAAGAAGAAGAAGUCGAAGCUUUCUGUAUGGACCUGGAAAAGUUCUACCGAGAAGUUUAUGCCUUCUACAAGGUCAUAAUUGGUGAAUUCAACGCCCUCAGGUGUUCUUCUCAGGCCAAAGUUGGCCAGAGAAGAACGCCUGAGGAACUUCACAUCGAGACCCACGCCCUACAAUGA